AUUAUACAAGGUGAAGGACUGCUCACUUGCCUUUCCUUGAACUUUUGUAUGACUACCUUUUUGUAUAGAUACAGAUAAUGGAGGUUUAAGAAUUGUUUAUAUUCAGUCACAGAUAAUAUGCCCUUAAUCCAGUACUACAGUAGAUCAUUAAGGCAGAAACUGUGCCUAUAGUUCUGCAGUAAGAGACACUGUGGUAACUAACUGAAGAUUUUUCUAGCAUCAUGUUUACAGCAUAAAUUGGACAUUGAUUGUUAUCAUGGAAUACUUACAUUGAUUUUAUGCUACAACAUGCAGCUCCCAGAAUAGAUUGCAGCAUGAGCCUAUACAAGGAGGCUUCCCAUUAUCUCAAAAUCUAUUUUUUUGUAUGGUGUAAAGCCUUAGACCUCUGUAGCAUGAGAUAAAACUAUUACUCCCCUAAAGGUUUAUAAUUAUGAUUUCCUUGAUAUAUUUAAAAGGAAGUAUGUUUCCUUACAAAAUUCUGCUAUCUAGAAAAGAAAAUAUUCAGUGGUACCUCUAUAAAGUAUUGGUGGGAUAAUCCCCCAUUUUAUAAAUUCCCUGAGUGCCAUUCACAGAGUCCACAAAUACCCUAACUCAGCAGCUGUAGAACUUUGUUUCCAAAAUAAGUUAACCAGUCAGUUGUGCCUGUUUUAACUAUAGUUGCCUGUAAGUCAGUCUAGUGAUUCCAGUGAAGGCUUAAAGAAAAUUAUUCCUUAAUGGAAGUUUCUUCCGAAGAAAAAGAGUUACGAUCAUGCUUCAAAACAAAAAUUAAAAUUUCAAUUGUCCCAACACAAAUUUAAAGAUAAGAAAGGUGGUUGACAAGCAUAUCUUGAAGAAGUAAAAAGUAUUGUGAUAACAAAUAUCUCAUUAAAACAAAACAAACCAGUAAUCCAAAAUAUACAGAGCUUUCAACAGAAAAACAGGUUAGAAGCUGACACUAAAAUAAAGCCAACAUAGUAUGAAAUCUCCAAGAGGAGGAGGAUUCUGAAUCUAGGUGUUACACUUAGAAGAGCCUCUCCAGUUUCUCUGCAUGAUGUACAACUUUGAAAGGGCAGAGACUUUAAUGCUUGAGUGGAUAUAUACCAGGAAAAGUGAUCCUUCAGAUAUUAGAGAAGCUCGUUUGAAUUUGUAUUAUAGUAGACACUCAUGCCCAAUUUUAACGUAACUAGCUGUGGCUGAAUUAAAAAAAAAAAAAAAGCUAAAUGACAUUGGACUGAUUACUACUUGAAUAGGAGGUUGCCAAGAAAUCCCAGGGCUGUAGGAAAUCAAGAAAAUGUCUGAGAAGGCAGCAGUGGCAAGCCAGUGCAGUACUAUUGCCUAGAAAACUAUAUGAACUGUAUGAAGUCACCAGCAGUUAAGCUCAGUUUAUGGAUGCUAACAACAAUAUGUUACUGAGAGCACAAUAACACGUAUUUUUUUUGGAAAUAAAUUCCAUUAAGUUUCAUUGUUUUAUUUUGUGCGUAUCUCAAAAUAAGUCCUAUUAUAUAGUGGGAAUUUGAGUAAAUACAUAUAGGUUCAUAGCAUUAAGAGUCUCUUAUGUGAGGCUAUCAGCAGCUUAAGUUAUGAUAUUCUCUUUAUAUAUAUUGCCUUACAUUGUUCUAGCUCUGAAAUUAUAUCUCAUGUAUUGUAUCUUCUGUUUCAUUUUUAAUCAGAUUAAAUAUGUACAGGGAGACCUUUUUACUUGUCCAAAAACAGAUUCCUUGGCUCAUUGUAUUAGUGAGGAUUGUCACAUGAGUGCUGGCAUAGCUGCUAUUUUUAAGAAGAUGUUUGGUGGCAUUCAGGACCUUUUGAAUCAACACAAGAAGACUGGAGAUGUGGCUGUUCUGAAGAGGGAAACUAGAUAUGUGUACUACUUGAUCACAAAGAACAAAUAUUUUCAUAAGCCUACAUAUGACAAUUUACAGAAGAGUUUAGAAGCUAUGAAAAUCCAUUGUCUGAAAAAUGAGGUAACUCACAUUUCCAUGCCAAAGAUCGGUUGUGGACUUGACCGCCUGGAUUGGAAGAAAGUUUCAACAAUGCUUGAAGAAGUAUUUGAAGAUACCAAUAUUCAAAUUACAGUUUAUACUCUUUAAUUCCUGGUAUAAUUGUCUUUAC